AUGGCGACAACAGCUCAGUAUAUUCCGAGGAAUAACUCCUUACCGUCUAACCCGCUCAUGCAUCCGGAUUCGGAUAGGAUGCACCAGGGGACGACCUACAGAGAGGUGCAGAAAAUGAUGCACCACGAGUACUUGCAAGGGCUUGCGGCUACCAACACGGGGCACCCAAUGAGCCUGACGCACCACCAGUGGCUGCCCACCUCCAACACCGACUGGUCCAGCGGCACCCACAUCGGACAGCAGGAGCACAAAGCCACCGUGCAGGCGACCCGAGAGGACCUGAGCAGCGGCUUCCACCACAGAUCUCACCUGGUGCACCAACAGACACAGAGUAGCCACCAUGGUUCGUGGGCGCCCACCACAACACACCACUUAUCCCCGCUGUCCCCAGCAUCCAACGGCCACCAGUCACUGGUCUACUCCCAGCCUGGAUACACAAAUCUCAACGCAAUGCUGAGUCCCCAGCCCGGCUCCCUGCACCAUGGUAUGCGGGACCCACUCCUCGACGAUUCGGGCAGCCACGACAACCAGAUGGAGUCGCCCCAGCAAGCGUUCAGCCACCACCAGGACCACUCGGACGAGGACGCGCCCAGCUCCGACGACCUGGAGCAGUUCGCCAAGCAGUUCAAACAGCGGCGGAUCAAACUGGGCUUUACGCAGGCGGACGUUGGCUUGGCCUUAGGCACCCUGUAUGGAAACGUCUUUUCUCAGACCACUAUCUGCAGGUUUGAGGCACUGCAGCUCAGCUUCAAGAACAUGUGCAAACUUAAGCCGCUCCUAAACAAGUGGCUGGAGGAGACAGACUCAAACACGGGCAGUCCCACCAAUUUGGACAAGAUUGCUGCGCAGGGCAGGAAACGAAAGAAGAGGACCUCUAUUGAAGUAGGGGUGAAAGGGGCGCUGGAAAAUCAUUUCUUAAAAUGCCCAAAGCCAUCUGCUCAUGAAAUCACCAGUUUAGCCGGCACCCUGCAGUUGGAAAAAGAGGUUGUCCGUGUUUGGUUUUGCAACAGAAGACAAAAAGAGAAAAGAAUGACACCAGUGGGGGUCCCUCACCCGAAUAUGGAGGACGUAUAUUCCCAAGCAGAAACCCCUCCUCUACACCGCACACUACAGAGUCCUGUGCAGUGACUGUUUUCAUGAACAAUCCGAGUAUUUCCGCGGGGGGAUAGAAAAGGGAAAGGGACUAUGGAGUUUACAGUAUUUAAGUUUGGCUUUUGUUUUCCUGAGAGAAAAGAGACAUGGAAAAGUUGAACGGAUGAGUUUUGACCUUAGUAUUCGGAGAUCGUCAUGUCCAAUAGAUGGCAAGAGGGAAAAUGUUAAGAAAAAAAAUCCUGAAAAAAAAAAUGCUACUACUGAUUCCGUGCGCAUUUAAAGUGAAACAAAGUUCUUUAUUUACCAAAAUU